AUGACUGAAGAGGCGUUUCAAGUGAUAGUGGUUGGUUCUUGCAUGACUGACUUGGUCAGCCAGUCACCAAGGCUACCUAAAGAAGGGGAAACCAUCCAUGGUCAUAACUUUUUCAUUGGCUUCGGAGGAAAAGGGGCCAACCAAUGCAUACAAGCUGCAAGACUGGGAGCUAAAACUGCAAUGGUCGCCAAGGUUGGUAAAGACUCCUUUGGAGACAGUUAUAUUCAGAAUUUCAAGGACAAUGGCGUUCACACAGGCUUUGUUGGACAGACCUCAUGUGCAGCUACAGGUGUUGCCUCGAUCGUUGUCACCGAUGAAGGUCAGAAUGCCAUUGUGAUUGUGGCUGGUGCCAAUAUGCUGCUGACCAAGAACGAGCUUCGGGAUGCUCUUCCAGCUAUCCGUUCUGCAAAAGUACUGGUUUGCCAGCUUGAGAUUGCACCAGAAAUGUCUUUGCAGGCAUUGCACAUGGCUAAAGAGAAUAAAGUGACUACAAUAUUCAACCCGGCGCCGGCUAUCCCCAAUUUAGAUCCUGAUUUCUAUCGACUUUCUGAUGUGUUUUGCUGCAAUGAGUCUGAGGCUGAGCUGCUGACAGGUUCAUCAGUAAAUAACGUGGAGGAGGCGAAUCACGCCGGCCGGGAGCUGCUAAAGCGAGGAUGCAGGACAGUCAUUAUCACCUUGGGAGCCCAAGGAUGUGUGGUGCUCAAAGCACAAGAGUCUACCUCGAAACAUGUUCCAGCAACGCCAGUCACUGCAGUAGACACCACAGGUGCUGGAGAUAGUUUCAUUGGAGCACUAGCAUUUUACAUGGCUCAUUAUCCCAAAAUGGAACUGCAGGAAGUGGCCCGAAGAGCAGGUCAUGUGGCUGCCUUGAGUGUGCAGGCCAUGGGCACACAGUCGUCGUAUCCACAUAAACGGGAUUUAGCAGCUGAGCUCUUUUGA